UGUUAAGAGGUGAAGUGAGAGAAAAGUGAGAGAAAAGGUGGAAGCUGAAAGAAGGGCGGGCUAUCAACCUAUCAUCAACUAUGCAACUCUCCUCUGACAAAACCCCAAUACCAAGAGCAAAGCGAGUGGGAGUGGAGUGAAGCCCAGAGAGUCUUUAAAUGUGAGAUCUCCUUUAAUCCAUUUUUAGGGUUCUUUCUUACCAUCAAAAGCUUUGUUUGUUUUAUCCUUUCCUGAGCAGUGAAGUUUCUUCUUCUUGGCACUUGUACAAAAGUUUUUUGGCAGAGAAGAAACUGAUCGAUUCUCCAGCAUCAUCAUCAUCAUCAUCAUCAUCGCCUUUGAAGAAAGAUCUUUACGACAAUGGUGGACUUCGCACGCGUACAGAAAGAACUUGCCGACUGUAACAGAGACAUGGAAAUUUCUGGAAUAAGCAUUAUGCUCCAUGGUAACGGUAACGAUCUUUCUCAUCUCUCAGGAACCAUCACUGGCCCCGUCGCCACUCCUUAUGAAGGUGGAACCUUUCAAAUUGAUAUCAGAUUGCCUGAAGGGUACCCUUUUGAGCCUCCAAAGAUGCAAUUUGUGACUAAAGUUUGGCACCCAAACAUAAGCAGUCAAAAUGGGGCAAUAUGCUUGGAUAUCUUGAAAGAUCAAUGGAGCCCUGCACUCACUCUGAAAACGGCACUUCUUUCAUUGCAAGCGUUGCUAUCAGCCCCUGCGCCUGAUGAUCCUCAAGAUGCAGUGGUAGCUCAACAGUAUCUUCGAGACUAUCAGACCUUUGAUGGAACAGCACGCUAUUGGACUGAAACUUUUGCAAAGAGAUCAUCUAUUGGAACUGAAGAAAAAGUACAGAAAUUGGUGGAGAUGGGCUUCCCUGAAGCCUUGGUGAGGAAAACUUUGGAAAUUGUGGGGGGUGAUGAAAACAUGGCCCUGGAAAAGCUUUGCUCUGGCUAGAAUGGUCUUGCUGCGGCUUCCAUCAUCUUCUUCACUCUCAUCAGCUUCUCUAUCUCCUUCAAUGUCUGAAAAUUGAUACAAAGACAAAAAAUCUUUGAUAAGUUGGUGUCAUAGAAGCUCCUUGCUAUUAUUUGAAUCUCACAUCUAUAGGAAUUGUGUUUCAUCACCUCUAUGGUCAUGUCUUCUGUACUCACUGCAUCCGUAUUGUCAUAACCUAAUUGGCAAGCUACCUCUGUGGAAGAUGAAUGAACCGAUUACCCAGUAUAAUUAUUAAAGAUUUGGGUAAGGAAAUAAAAUAGGAAGCCAAUUUACUUUGAA